AUGGCAGCGCCGACGCCCGCCGCCAAGGCCGGCUUCGGCUCGCACCUGCUCUCGGGCUACCUGCACAAGAAGUCCAAGGCCGGGCAGGGCGUGUGGCAGAAGCGCUUCUUCAUCCUCGACACGCGCAGCCUCACCUACACGCACGGCGGCAAGGUACGCUCUUACCAGCUCGAGGACUUUCGCGACGCGCUCACGACGGGCAGGCCCGAGGCGGGCGAGUUUGUCGUCGUCUUCUCCUCCUCCGACCGGCUGUCGGACGUCUUCCCGGAGAAGCGGCUGCACCUCCGCGUCCAGAGCGGCGGCGCCGAUGGCGCGCGCGAGUGGGCCAACGCAAUGGCGGCGGCGCGGCGGCAGUGGGAGAUGUAUCGGACGCUCGGCAGGGCGAUGGGGGCUGAGGUGGGCGGCGCAUCGGUGCAGGCGGACGGCGCCGACGGCGAGCCCGGCCUGGGUCCCGGCCUGGGUCCCGGCCCUGGAGCCGAGUCCUCGCCGCCGUCGGCGGACGAGGAGGAGGAGCCAGAGCCGGAGCCCGCGCCUCCGCCCGCGCCUCCGCCCGCGCCUCCGCCCGCGCCUCCGCCCGCGCCGCCGCCGCCGCCUCCCGCACCUCCGUCGGCCGGGCCGGCGGCGGACCCGCUCGCGCCCAUGAGCUUCGAGGAGAUGGUCCGGCGGCAGCUGCGCAAAAAGGCAAACGCGGUCCUCGUCCGGAAGAAGGCAGAGGUCCUCGCCCUCGUCCGGAGACUCAACGCCGAGCGGUCCGCCGCCGCCGCCGCCGCCGCCGAGGAGUCGUUGUCUCGCGGCUCAGGUUGGCCGGCCGCCGAUCCCCUCGCCCGCCGAGGGCCCGAGCACCCACACGAGCGUGCGCCCGGGGUGCCGGACGCGGGACAAGCCCAUGGGACGCGCGUGCACGGCACCGCCCUCGAGCUCGCCGACGAGCUCGCGCGCCACCCGGCCGUCCCGCUCGCCGACGCGCGCCUCAACGGCGACGCGGCCGAGGCACAGCUGCACGUUCUGCGCGAGAGGCAUGCGCAGCUCGCGCUCUCGACGGGCGCGGCAAACAGGGCGCUCCUCCGGCAGGUGGACGAGGCGGUGUGA